AUGUCAUAUCAACAGCCGCCAUCAUCUGGACCCAACAAUCAAUUACCGCCCUUUGAUUGGUCGCUACCCGGUAGAAAUUUUGGUAAUGGUCCUCCACCACUAAUGGGCAUUCCAACUCGAGAUGAAGUUCGAUUGCCAUCGACUAUGGAGCGUGUUUUGAAAUUCCGUGAUAACCAACACGAAGAAGAUCGUGUUACUAGAUUACAUAGUGGCGGCCAUGGUGGUGGUCAUCAGACUGAUUCAGGUAUUGAGCAGAAUGAUGAGUAUGAUGAUGAAGAAUCUGACGAUGAAACAACUGCUCAGAAUGGUCUCUCACGAAAAACGAAGAAAGAAAUUGAAAAGCGACGUCGACGUCGAGCGAAAAAGAAAAACAAAUCCACAACAGCAACGAUCGCUCCUGUUGCUCCGCCACCGCCAGCACAACCAGCAAAAUCAUCGGAAUCCUCUUCGAAAGACUCAGACAAAAAGAAGAAAAAGAAACAGGAGCCUGCUGAUGACGAGGAUCAAACUAAUGUUGAAAUUGAAUACGUUCCCGAAGAUCUUCCCGUCAAACGCGGUGACGGUUAUUAUUCUCAUUUUGUUAAAGUAUUCGAGAACUUCAAAUUAGACCAAAAUGGUGGCGAAAAUGGCGAAUAUUACUAUGAUAAAUACGGAAAAAAGAUUAUGGGACCAAAAGUUCUUCAGCCCCGUGAUAAAACAAAUCUCGAAGAAAACGAAGACGAUGAAGACAGCGACGACGAGACUAAUAACGAUAAAAAGAACAAAGAUGGCGACGAUGAGGAACAAAAUAAGAAGAAAUCCAAAAAGCAAUUAAAACGAGAAACACGUCUGAGUGUUGCUCAAUUAAAACAAUUGGUCAUUCGACCUGAUGUCGUCGAAAUGUUCGAUGUUACCGCCAAAGACCCCAAACUACUUGUGCAUCUCAAAGCCACACGAAAUACGGUGCCCGUCCCACGUCAUUGGUGUGCGAAACGCAAAUAUCUACAAGGAAAACGUGGUAUUGAGAAGCCACCAUUUCAAUUGCCUGAUUUCAUUCGUCGUACGGGUAUUAUGGAAAUGCGUGAAGCUUUACAAGAGAAGGAACAAAAUAAAACUCUGAAACAGAAAAUGCGUGAAAAAGUUCGUCCAAAACUCGGUAAAAUUGAUAUCGAUUAUCAAAAGUUGCAUGAUGCUUUCUUCCGUUGGCAAACGAAACCACGUAUGUCAAUACAUGGUGAUUUAUACUAUGAGGGCAAAGAAAACGAAACACGUUUGAAAGAUAAAAAACCGGGCGUUCUCAGCGAAGAAUUACGUGUUGCACUCGGUAUACCAGUUGGACCUACCGCAGAUAAAUAUCCUCCACCAUGGCUGAUCGCUAUGCAACGUUACGGACCACCACCGAGUUAUCCAAAUCUAAAGAUACCUGGUUUGAACGCACCUAUUCCUGAAGGUUGCCAGUUUGGCUAUCAUAGCGGAGGCUGGGGUAAACCGCCUGUUGAUGAACAUGGUCGACCGUUGUAUGGUGAUGUGUUCGGCACGAAUCAAUUUGCUUACAUACGAAGUAUGGCAGAAGAAGAGCAUGUGGAUAAGAGCUAUUGGGGAGAAAUUGAAACCGAAGAACAAGAACAAGACGCUGUUAGUUCAUCUGAUGAAGAAGAGGCCAAUGAAGAUACUGGUCUCGAUAGUGAAUUGUCCUCAGAUGGACAAAUGGCUGCGCCGUCGACAACAGAUCAUGCGCAUCAUCAUGUACACCAUCACCAUGGCGCAGCAAAUGAAGAACAACCGAUCCAUCCAGCUGGCUUUCAAACACCACACGGCAGUGAAGGUUUCGCGACGCCUAGUGGUACACAAUCGUCCAUACUUGGUGUUGAAACACCACAACAGUUUGAAAUACGUAAAUCUCGCUUUCAUGCAGAAAUGGAAAACGAUGCUGCGCCUUCUCUUUACACUGUUCUACCUGAGAAAAAUGUUGGCGUUGGCCAAUCAUCUCUGUUGUCAACGAAUCGUGUUUAUGAUUUUCAAGCCAUUAGUAAAUCACAAAUGGGUCAAGCGUCGAGCGGUCGAAAUGAUAUGUCUGGUGGCGUUGACAUCGCUCUCAAUCCCGAUGAACCCGAGAUGAGUAGUCAAGCAUUAGAAGCACGUUAUCGACAAGAAUUAAAAGAUAAAGAAAUAAGCAAAGAAGAUCUUAGUGAUAUGGUUUCAGAUCAUUUGAAUCGACAAAAUAAAAAGCGUAAAGCUAAGCAAACAGAUGCAAAUGCUAAAGAUGGCAGUGCAGCUAAACAAGACAAAAAAUUCAAAUUUUGA